AUGGCAACAGAGGAGAGUCAGUGGCACGCUGUACUCGCCACGCUGCUGUACGGCAAGGAAUUCCGCAUAACGCACCAAGAGAUGAUCAAGGGCAUCAAACGCGACGGAAAGGGCGUCAAUCUGAAGUAUUUUGAAACCCUUGUUGUGCCUAUCAUCGACAACACCCCGGAGGAGCGCGAUUUGACGACGUUUAUGGCCGAUGCUAUGAAGGUAGGUUGA